GAUAUAAGGUCAGUUUAAUGGCGGAUCGCAUUCGCAUCUCAGUGUUAACCUUGAAGCUUGGAGUCUUCCCUAGAUAUAUGCCGUUGUCUUGACCUCCAGACAAACAGCCCCGAUAAACCCUCCUCUACAUACACCCCCAUAUAAACACAGACACGGCCCAAAGAGAAGGAAGGAAGAAGACAGAGCAGAACACCGAGACAGUUGAAUGGUUUGCUCUUCCUCCUGAAGAAGAAGAAGAAGAAGAAGAAGAAGAAGAAGAAGAAAUGGGGGAAGCUGAAGGGAAGGCUAAGGCGGCGCUUCGGAGGCUGUGCAGUGACAAUGGGUGGUCUUAUGGUGUCCUGUGGCGAUUUGAUCCUCGAAACUCCAUGUUGUUGACGAUGGAAGAUGCGUUCUAUGAAGAAGACCAAAUGGGGCAAGUCAUGGGAAACAUGCUCCUGCAGGUCCACUUGCUCGGGGAAGGAGCUAUAGGCCAAGCUGCUAUCACCGGAAAGCACCGGUGGAUGUUUGCGGGCGCCCGAGAAAGUCAGGAAGCUGACUCGGAGGUCCUUCAACAGCUCUCGGCUGGAGUUGAGACACUAUUAGUGAUCCCUAUUGAACACCAUGGUGUGGUGCAGUUCGGAGCCACGAAAAAGAUAAUGGAGAGUGCCGAGUUUGUGGAUGAAACUAAGAAAUUGUUUCAUGAGAUGGACAACGCCGAUGGAAUUUUUCGAGCGGGGAAUGUUCCUUCGUCAUCAAAUAGUGAAGCCAGUGAUAUAAACUCACUGUUUGCUUCGUUACUCUCCCAUGGGACUUCCUGUAAUAUGAAUCUCAGACCCAUCAACUCCGGAAUUGGCCUUGAAAAACUCAUAAGGAGCAGCUGCUCCACUACAAACCCGGUCCAGUCGCUGACAGUUGAGAAUGAAGAGGAUUUAUCUCACCUCUUCGCAAGCAUACCUACAGUGCCCCGAGCAAAGAGCUCUUUCACCGAGGGCUCGUGCAUUAGUUCUUGGAGCAGUGAUGGUUCAGUCUCAACCUCGCUCGAGCCUCCGAUGUCAUCCAGCAUUUUGGCCCCCGAUUCAUCUAAUGCAUAUUGCGUGAAACUGAACGCUGGUGCGGGUAAUUUCGGGAUCAAUCAUCUUCAGCCAUUUGGUGAUGCUGAAGUUCAACUCCCAAAAGCUUCGACCAACUUGAAAAGAUCUUUUGAUGAGUUUAACUUGACUGAUCCCACAGCUGAUGUUUCUAGUUCGUGCUUGAUCGACGAUCUUUCACAGUGGUUUGCCGGUUCGCCUGAGCACGGCAUUGCAGGGACUGGAGGCUGUUUUGAUAACAGCAUUGAACAGUCCAUAUUGGUCAAUUCAGGUAAUUAUAACGCGAGUAAUGUUCACAGUAUGGAAAGAGAACUCUUCAAUAGCUUUGGUGUGGAUCUGGGUUGCGUAUUGGAUGGAAACUGUUGGGACGUACUUAACAGCAGUAACCAAGCUCCUUGUAACACUAUGUCGGGAUUUCCCUCCACAAGUGAGCCCCGGAAAGGGCUAUUCUCAGAAUUGGGGAUUGAAGAGCUCUUGGAAGGUAUUGGCAGCACCAUCACCAAAUCGAGCUUUAAGGAUCCUCUGUCCGCCUCAAGAAGAAAAGGUGCCGAAGGAUUGCUGUUGAAUGGUCCAAGCAAUUUGGCACAUAAAUCACAGGUAGGCUUGUGGAUCGACGAUAGCUAUAGCAUCAAUGCUGGAGGUGCUCCAACUUGUGCACCGAAGAGAGCCGAAGAACCAGCAAAGCCAAGCAGAAAGAGGGCUAGGCCUGGGGAGAGCACAAGGCCAAGGCCUAAAGACCGUCAACAGAUCCAAGACCGCCUCAAAGAGCUUCGAGGGAUCAUACCCAACGGUGCAAAAUGUAGCAUCGAUGCUUUGUUGGAUCGGACCAUUAAGCACAUGCUGUUCUUGCAAAACGUGACGAAAUAUGCAGACAAGCUCAAGCGAUCUGAUGAGCCAAAGCUCGUUGCCCAUGAGAAUGGAGUGGUCUUGAAAGAUGAGAGCAGAAGGGGCGGAGAAGCGGGAAGUAGUGGAGGCACGACUUGGGCCUUCGAAGUGGGCAGUCAGUCCAUGGUUUGCCCGAUCAUAGUUGAGGACCUUAGCCCACCUGGACAAAUGCUAAUCGAGAUGCUUUGUGAAGAAAGGGGAUUGUUUCUUGAGAUAGCAGACAUAGUUCGCGGAUUUGGCCUCAACAUAUUGAAGGGAGUGAUGGAAGUUCGAGACAACAAGAUAUGGUCCCACUUCAUUGUCGAGGCAACAAGGCACGUUACGAGGAUGGACGUAUUCUGGUCCCUCGUUCAGCUUCUACAGCAAACAGCUCCCAGGGGGCCUGAUUUUGCCAAUCCUCCAAAGAAUCACCUCAUGGAUGGUGCAGUUCUUCCUUGCAACAGCUACAAGCAGACUGUUGCCUCUCCCUAUCAGCUAGCAAAGGCUCGUUGAGCAGAAUAUGAGAAAUACCUUGAUCGUCACACCAAGCCAGUUCUUAGAGGAAUGCAGAUUUCCUAUCGUGUCUGGACAUACAAAGGAAAACCACAAGUAGGCCAAAGUUUUACCUGCAGAGUUUCAAUCUUGGGCUCGGAAUCUAUACCUUAUUCCGGAUAGAGCGACUUUAUUCAUCAAAAAAAAGAGAGAGGUUCAUGUUUAGAUUUUUUUCUAGUGUGCUAGAACGAAAUUGAAGAUGUGUUAGUGUGUUCUUUUUUUGGUCUGAGAUUCAUUUGCCUGGUCGGUUUGUGCCAUAACUUGUUCAUACCCCUUGAAGCUGAUUGUAGUCACCCUUAGUUGUAGACUAACUUCUUAUCUUGACUCGUGCCUCGGCUUUUCGGUUUUGCUGUGCAAGUGACACACAUAUAUAUAUGUAAUGAUAUAGAUUUGUUCAUCUUCGUCUCAA